GAUAAUUUUGAUAAAGAAAAAGAGAUCAUGUAAAGCACGAAUUAUAAUUUAGGUCUCGUAAGCUCUAUCCUCAACAUCAUUAUCCACUAGGGCAUGACAAAGAGAGAGAAGGUUAGGAAAUAGAAUAUAAGGUUAAAAUGUACUUUAGGUGAGUAGGAACAAGACACAGUCGUAUGUGUCAGCACAAGAUGUAUAUAGAAUAUGUGACCUUUACACUUUAGCUGAAAAAGGAAUUGGUGACGAGAUUUUCUAUACAAAUCUUUUUAGUGUUCUACUCACUCCUUUCAUAUUCUUGCUUAGAGAACGAGCAGGGGAAGGUUCCUUUCUUCAUUUCUUGAUUUUAAACACCAAAGCUAGUUAGUAAUAUAUUACUGAGUUUGCUUCCACUAGCUAAAUUGGGAUCUUCUACUUCAGAGCAAUAGAUAGAGAGAGACAAAGAAAGUUGGCAAUAUGUUGGAAGGAAAAGCUGUUAUUGAAGAUACAGAUAUGCCAUUGAAGAUGCAGAUCCAAGCCAUGCGUUGGGCUUCUCAAGCUCUGGAUCUUUAUGAUGUUUUGGACUGCAAAUCUAUUGCUGCUCACAUAAAGAAGGAGUUUGACAAGAAAUAUGGGGGUGGCUGGCAGUGCGUGGUGGGGUCAAAAUUCGGCUGUUUCUUCACUCAUACUAAAGGAACAUUUAUCUAUUUCACCUUGGAGACUCUAAACUUCCUCAUCUUUAAAGGAGCCACUUCUCCUUGAUGUUGGUUGUUCAAGAAAGGUGGAAGAUUGAGAUGAAAACGGGACCUGUAAUUAUUCUUAGCUAGGUCAUUCUUAAUCUCUAUCUCUGUCCAAGAUCCCUCCCCUUUUUUUGGCUUCGAUUUGUUUUUCACUUUCCACAAGCAAAUAUCUAGAGAGAAAGAAAACUAAAAAGGAUAGAUGAUAAUGUAAAUACUGGCAGUUUCCAUCUGCAUGGAUCUUUCACCUUUUUUCUUCUAGCUGCUAAGAAGUAAGAACCCUGUAUCUUCCAGUGGAAUUGCUUUUAAGUUCCUCGUAUAUCCAUGAUUAAAUUAGUAA